UUAAAAUGCAACAACAAAACAAUAAAGUGCAAUAAAUAAGUACAUUUAUUAGAUUAGUUUAAAGUAAAGAGACGGUUCUAUAUAAUAAUGGAUAUUACCACAAAAUUGUUGGCUUUACAAGAAAUAUCUAAAGCUCAGCUCUCCAAGAUAUUAAACGUGGUUUCAAAUCCAAAGUAUUUAAUCAUAGAACCAUCAUUAAUUAGACCUCUAGACAGAGUAUGUGGUGCUACAUGGUUAAAAGGAAAUGGCAUAGAGAAAAUAUUUAAAUUAGAACCCGUAAAUCCAUAUGCAGGUUCAAAUGUUGUAUUUUACAUGAUAUAUUUUGAUACCACAGUAUUUAAACAGGUAGUAGAUCAGAUCAGAUCUCAGAUUGAGAACAUCGAGCAGCCAGUAAAGAAUAAAUUUCACAUUAUUGUAGUACCUUGUUACAAUUGUGCAUUUGAAAAUGAACUAGAAAAAUUAGGUGUUUAUGGUACAAUAAGAAUACAUCACUUCCAGUGGAUGCCUUUACAUCUUGACACAAGUUUGCUGAGUCUUGAAAUACCUAAUUUAUAUAGUUCCCUCUUUGUGUAUAAAAAUUUUACUUAUCUACCUGUUUUGUCCAAAUGUUUGUGGCAACUCAACUUUGUAAUAGGUAAACCAAGAUUUAUUUUAUGUCUAGGUGAGUAUUCUAAAGCAAUUGUAGCUCAAUUUGAUCAAUGCUGUGAAGACAGAGGAGAAACUGAUAGGCUGGAAUCUGAUUUUGGUGCCUUAAUAAUAAUGGAUAGAAACAUUGACUACACAAGUGCUUUAUUAACUCCAGGUACAUAUGCAGCCCUACUGGCUGAGAUAUACAAUGUUAGUGCUGGUAUUUGUGAAAAAAAGAAAGAGCAACUUGAAAAAUUUGAUGCAAAAUGUAAUCCUCUACCAGAAAAACAAUCAAUUAACUUUAGUUUAGAUAGUAAUAUUGAUAGUAUUUACUAUGAUAUAAAAAAUAGAUAUUUUACAGAAGUGUUAUCUGUUUUAAGUAAUUUGACAAAAGAGUUAAAAACAGAAAAGAUGAGUUCCAUGGAAAUGGCCUUAGAUGAAAUUAAACAAUAUGUACAAACACAACUACAGGCAACUAAAUCCAAGAAGAAGUUUAUAACAAAUCAUUUACAGGCUGCUGAAAGUAUAAUCAACAUCUUAGGCCAUAGAUAUGAAAAUCAGAAGAUGGUGGAACAUAAUAUAGUAAGAAACAAUGAUAGAGCCUUAAACUUAAAUUACUUGGAAGAGGUUUUAAACACUGAAAAUGAUAAAUAUAUAACUUUGAGGUUAUUCUGUCUCUUAAUACUGUUUCAGCCAAUGAGUGAAAGCGAAAUUAAAACAUUUUGGCUAAAAUUCUUGCAUCAGUUUGGUUUUAACUAUGGAUUUGCUUUCCAUAAUCUACUGAAUAUAGGUUUUAUUCCAGAGCCAGUAGAAACAACUGGCAGUUUAAAUAUACAAGGAAAAUUAAAGAUUCCUAUUUUUAGUUCUAGUAAUUGUCUAAUCAAUUCUAAAAAUUUAAAACAAAUCCCACCUGACCCUACUACAGUUAACCUAAAGUUUCCUACAUGUACAAGUUAUGUAUUUGGAGGAAACUACAUUCCUCUUAUAACCCAAAUAGCUGGAAUGAUUCUUAAUUCAAUUCCAUUAGAUGAGAUUAGAACUAAAUUGGAAGUGUUUGGCCAUCUAUCAUUAAGAAAUGAAAGGGGAUAUCCUCUUCAGAACAGGAUGGUGCUUAUAUAUAUUAUAGGAGGAGUUACUUAUGCUGAAAUAGCUGCCUGCAAUUUACUGGAAACUCUAACAGGGACUCAAAUUGUUAUUUUAAGUGAUAGGGUUGUUACUGGGAAUGAUUUAAUGCAAGGCAUUUUAGAUUAUCCCAAAUGAUGCUUUGCUUUGUGAAAUUUUGGUUUCACUAUAGCUAUUUGAAUCUCAUAGAUGGCAUCAUAAACUAGUAAUAUGGUUUUAAAUUUUUCAAGCAUGAUGUUUCCUA